GGUUGUAGUGACGCUGCCGUCCAAUGGGCACCGGCUUUCUCUGGAACGAGCGCAGCAUCUCUGUCUCAGCGGCACUUUUGCGCCAGACAAGUAGGGACCGUCUCUCACUCGGCACCCGAGAAGAAGAAACGGGGAAUUACUGACGCGUAUUUUGGCGACGAAGAGUGACACCUUCUCAUUUCUUUUUUUUUCCUCCCAAACGCGCGGCUUUGCAAAGAUGAACGUUGGCUGCGUCAUCUCGGCGUGCACCUUACUCGUGGUCGCGUCCUGGGGGAGUAAGGCAGGCCAGCCCCUCAAAUCCCCCUGCAGACCGGGCUUCUCCCAGAACUUCUACACGGUGAUUGUCUCCAGAGAUGUGCUGCACGGCCAGGCCAUUCUCAAAGAUACCACCCUGUCCAGGGAACGAGUGAGGUUUGAGGAUUGCCAGCGCAGCAGAGAGGUGGGCUUUGUCAGCAGCGACCCCAACUUCAGCGUGAGGCCCGACGGGACGGUGUACGCUGAGCAGGAGGUGGCCAAUCUGUCAGAUCCCGUUCAGUUCAUGGUAACGGCCCGCGGGCUCCGUGACGCCCACAUCUGGGAGACCACUGUUAAACUCGCCCUCGCUGGACAUCCUCAUCCUCUACCACUCUCAAAGAUUGGCAUUGAAGAAAUGCUGUCAAGAGUCUGGGACUCCCAACCCAGAGUUAUCAAGUUUUCUCGAAGACAUCAGAGAGCCUCCUCCGCCAAUGGGCUGAGGCGGCAGAAGAGAGACUGGGUCAUCCCGCCCAUCAAUGUGCCUGAAAACUCCAGAGGACCCUUCCCUCACAUGCUUGUCAGAAUCCGCUCGGAUCAGGACAAGGAUGUCGGCAUCCGCUACAGCAUCACUGGAGCAGGCGCUGAUCAGCCCCCGAGCGGCAUCUACAACAUAGAUCCCAUCAGCGGCAACAUGUUUGUCACCCAACCCCUGGACAGAGAGGAGAGAGCCUCCUUCCACCUGCGGGCCCACGCCGUGGACAUGAACGGGAACCAGGUGGAGAAUCCCAUCGAUCUCUACAUCUAUGUGAUCGACAUGAACGACAACAGACCCGAGUUUCAGAACCAGGUGUACAACGGCUCUGUGGCCGAGGGUUCCAAACCAGGCUCGUCGGUGAUGCAGGUGACAGCUACAGACUCGGACGACUCCACCACCGCCAACGGCAUGGUGCGCUACCGCAUCCUCUCGCAGACGCCCCACAGCCCCAUCCCCAACAUGUUCACCAUCAACAGCGAGACCGGAGACAUAGUCACGGUGGCAGCCGGCCUGGACAGAGAGAAAGUGUCUCAGUACACCAUUAUUGUCCAGGCCACAGACAUGGAGGGCAACCUCAACUUUGGACUGUCCAACACAGCUACAGCCCUCAUCUCUAUAACCGACAUCAAUGACAAUCCUCCGGAGCUGACAGUGAGGACGUUUUCUGGAGAAGUGCCAGAGAACAAGGUGAAUGUGGUGGUGACCAACCUGACAGUGGUGGACAGAGAUCAGCCUCACAGCCCCAACUGGAACGCGGUCUAUCGCAUCGUCAGCGGAGACCCGUCGGGACACUUCACCAUUCGCACCAACCCCAUCACAAACGAGGGCAUGCUGACUGUGGUCAAGCCGGUGGAUUUCGAGAUGAAUCGCGCCUUCAUGCUGACCGUGGUCGUGUCCAACCAGGCCCACUUGGCGAGUGGCAUCCAGUCCUCGCUGCAGUCCACAGCAGGCGUCACCAUCUCCGUACAGGAUGUGAACGAGCCUCCCGUCUUCCCCGUCAACCCCAAGAUGAUCCGCUUCGAGGAGGGCGUGCCAGCGGGGACCACGCUUACCGUGUUUGCCGCCCAGGAUCCCGACCACUUCAUCCACCAGAUUGUCAGGUACUCCAAGUUAUCAGACCCAGCAAACUGGCUGAAGAUCAACCGAACCAACGGUCAGAUCACCACCAUGGCGCUGCUCGACCGGGAGUCCAUUUAUGUCAAAAACAACGUGUACGAGGCAACGUUCCUGGCAUUCGACAAUGGUAAGUCGGGGUCGCCUCAAGCCAGCGGGACGGGCACCCUCCAGAUCUACCUGAUCGACGUGAACGACAACGCGCCGGUCCUGAUACCGCGGGAGGCCCAGGUGUGCGAGCGCGCCCGCCCCAACUCCAGGAUCAACAUCACAGCCUCGGACGCCGACGCCGACCCCAACGUUGGGCCGUUUGUCUUCGAGCUGCCUUCCUUUCCUGCCAGCGUCCGUCGCAACUGGACCAUUUCCAGGCUGAGCGGUGACUACGCUCAGCUGAGGCUAAGGAUUCCUUACCUGGAGGCGGGCGUGUACGAGAUCCCCGUCACCGUGUCCGACUCGGGGAACCCUCCUCUCUCCAACCGCUCCCUGAUCAGGGUCAAAGUGUGUCCCUGCGACGACAACGGGGACUGCAGCGCCACGGGGGCCGUAGCAGCAGCUGGCCUCGGCACCGGGGCAAUCAUCGCCAUACUCAUCUGCAUCAUAAUACUCCUCAGCAUGGUGCUGCUGUUUGUAGUGUGGAUGAAGCGCAGAGAGAAGGAGCGGCAGGCGAAGCCCCUGCUGAUCGACCCCGAGGACGACGUCAGAGACAACAUCCUCAAGUACGAUGAGGAAGGAGGAGGAGAGGAGGACCAGGACUAUGACUUGAGCCAGCUGCAGCAGCCGGAGUCUCUGGACCACAUCAUCAGUAAGCCGUCAGGAGUGCGCAGGGUGGAUGAGAGGCCUGUGAUUGCCGAGUCGCAGUAUCCGGUCAGACCCAGCCUGCCCCACCCUGGAGACAUAGGAGACUUCAUAAACGACGGUCUGAGGGCAGCCGACAAUGACCCCACCGCCCCGCCCUACGACUCCCUGCUGGUGUUCGACUACGAGGGCAGCGGCUCGACCGCCGGCUCCGUCAGCUCGCUCAACUCCACCAGCUCAGGGGACCAGGAUUACGACUACCUCAACGACUGGGGCCCUCGCUUCAAGAAGCUGGCCGACCUCUACGGAGGGGGGGACGACGACUGAGAGCGGAGCGGGGGAGGGUGGGGCGCGGGGUGGAGCGGGACGUGGCUGCGGGCGCGUUUUGUGGGUCGGGAGAGGCAGGACGGGUUGGACAGACGUUCCCAUAAACCACAGGCGGGGGGGUCAACAACGCGGUGCAGGCGUGCGAGGAUCGGGCCCUUACAUGUGCUACGCAGAGCGAUCCAGACCACAAAUAUGAAUUCCGCUGCAACGCAACUGUAUUCUGGCUUUAUAUUUUUUAGUGGCAAGUGUGUAGUGUGAUGUCUUGGUUUCUUUUUUUUUACUUUUUUUUUUUUUUUUUUAAUUUUUAAUUUUUUUUUUUUUUGUCGCGCUCUCACCGCGCUGGACCCGGAUGUCUCCGGGGACGAAUCAAGGCGGUCGUGAGAGACGCGCGUAGUGAAUUUGUGCUUUGAUUGAUUGUUAAAACGACACCAUCUCUUGCUUUAGUCUCACACUGAAAGAGAAUGUUUUUUUUGGGAAGAUGCUCUCUGACUCUCUUUAACUCUGUCAACUUGAAUUUCCUUAGAACAGAAGCACUGUCAUUUUAUAAAGUGCCUUUUGUGGUGUGUUUUUGUAUCAGACUCCUGCUAUCUCAGGAUCGGUUGCCAUUCGUGCAGUACAGUGGAGGCGCGUACUCUCACCCCCGCCAUCCUCCCCGCCCGCCCCCUCCCCCGGCCCCUUGCGCUCCUCAAACCAGCCCCGCCUGUCACUCUCCUCUCCCUUUCACAGUGGUGCACAUGAACAACCCCAGCAGCCAGUCCCAGGAGGGAAAGGACACAACCAGGGCGGACUAUCGGAUACAAUAACCCAACGAAUUGCGGCCUGACAGAAGCCAACGAGAGCUGUUGUGGGGAAGAACAACGCUCUUCUCCAAGGACCGGCUCAGUUUGACUUUCACAAGAAUCACCUGUCAACACGAGCGCAGCGCCGCGCUGAUGUUGUGUGACACCGUUUUUUAUACAUGUGGGGGUUUUAUAAUUUAGUGGAGAAUGCCUGCCUUUCCUCUGUGGACUCGUGGCUUUAGGAGCCUUUAUGUUGAGACGCUUGCCUGCCCUGUACGGUUUUGUGUUGCUUUCUCCACAGUGUAAAGCUUACGUAGGCAUGAUCUGAUUAGUCAGACGGUGUAAGAAGACGGGACUUGGAAAUGACUUGGAACAAAGAUACCCGAGAAGGGAAUUUUUUUUUUUUUUUUUUUUUCUUUUGGUCGCCUUGAACAUUCCCGUUUUUUAUAGGCCAACGAAACUAUUACAAGGUGCAUGAUUUUUUUUUUUUUUUCCAAAAUGUUUUACUCAAAUGUUUUACUAUGUGGUGAGAAUGUGAAAAUAGUCGGCAGAAACUAUAUGAAUAUACUCUGUAUAAAGACACUGAGAAAAUAAAAAACUGUAAGAUACAUAUUUUUGAAUUAUUGAUGACAUAAAAGUUGCUGCUCUUUCUCUUUAGCUCUACACUGGGCUUUAGGGAAUUUUUGGCUCAUUCAUUUUUAAUAUGUGGAUAUUUAUGUUUGCCUUCUGUUGAAGAUUAUUAUUCCAUUUUAAAGAUGCCUGCUUAUACAUUUUUAGUUUUAAGUUUUGCUCUUUUUUUUAUUUGAAAAAAAAAUAAAAGUGCUUUGUUAUACUCCUUUUAUAUAUGAAAACACACCUUCCCCUUUGAGUCUGUAUUGUCUCUGACAGACGUGUUCCCUCUGUUGGCCUCUGGCCUUGGGACAGUGGGAGGUUCAUUAGCCAUGCCUGCUGAUAAUUGUUCUAUUAUUCAGUGUACUAGAAAUUCUUUUAUUCAUUCAUCUAGAUACUGGCUGUGUGCUUUACAAAAUAAACAACACAUGUUUUGAAAA